AUGGGGAAAUUAUCACAGCAAAAUCAGAUUAGGAAUAAUUCAAGUACUAAUAAUGGAAAUAAUAUUAUUGGUUCAAUUGUUAAAGUGAAAAGAACUAGAAAAACUGUGCCAAGAGACUCUCCACCUCAACGUAGCUCCAUUUAUCGAGGAGUCACAAGGCAUCGAUGGACGGGUAGGUAUGAAGCUCAUUUAUGGGAUAAGAAUUGCUGGAAUGAAUCUCAGAACAAGAAAGGAAGACAAGUUUAUCUUGGUGCUUAUGAUGAUGAAGGAACAGCUGCUCAUGCUUAUGAUUUGGCUGCACUUAAAUACUGGGGAAGUGAAACCAUUCUUAAUUUUCCGGUAUCAACUUAUGAAAAGGAAAUCAUAGCAAUGGAGAAUCAGUCUAGAGAAGAAUAUAUUGGAUCAUUGAGAAGGAAAAGUAGUGGAUUCUCAAGAGGAGUUUCAAAAUAUCGCGGAGUUGCAAGACAUCACCAUAAUGGAAGAUGGGAAGCUCGAAUAGGCAGAGUUUUUGGCAAUAAGUAUCUUUAUCUUGGAACAUAUGCUACACAAGAAGAGGCUGCAACUGCAUAUGACAUGGCAGCUAUUGAAUAUCGUGGACUAAAUGCUGUGACCAAUUUUGACCUUAGUCGUUACAUCAAAUGGCUAAAACCUAAUAAGAACAAUCAAUCAAACCCUAAUGUUGAAACUAACAUGAUUUCAACUCCAAAUCAUACGACCACAAUCACAACCACGACAACGACCUCAUCCUCUAUGGGUCUUGUUUAUCCCGAUCUACAACUUACUACAAACACACCUAUUUCUGAUGUUUCAACAUCUCAAAGUCGACCAUCUUCUGCUACGUCAGCUCUCGGACUAUUGCUCCAAUCUACGAAGUUCAAGGAAAUGAUGGAAAUGACGUUAGCUGUCGAGUGCCCGCCUGCACCGAUCGAAUUACCCGACCCGGACCCACCACAAAGUAGUAGCUUCCCUGAGGAUAUAAAAACUUAUUUUGAUUCUCAAGAAUUUGGUAAUUUUGGUCAUGACCAAGGAGAGGAUUUGGUCUUUAAUGAGAUCAAUUCCUUAAUGCAACCCCUUUUGCAAUUUGAUUAUGAUGCUUGA